AUGAAGAAAAGUGGCGUUCCUCUCUUCUUGUGUAUCAUCUUUCUAAUUCUGAUUGGAGUUCAAGGAACCAUAGUAAUAAGGGAUAGACGCUGCUCCUGCAUUGAAACUUACCAAAAGACGAUCCGAUUACGAUUCAUAAAAGACCUUCAACAAUUUGCCCCAAGCUCUUUAUGUGAGAAAACUGAAAUCAUUGCUACUUUGAAGAAUGGGACUCAAACGUGUUUAAACCCGGAUUUAACAGAGGUGAAAAAAUUGAUGAAACACUGGGAGAAACAGGUCAGCCAAAAGAAAGAGCAAAGGAAAGGGGGAAAACAUCAAAAAUUCAAGACAGUUAGAAAAUUUCAACGUCCUCAUCCAAAGAAGACUACAUAA